GUGCGUGCCAUGCGUGAGCGUGCGCGUCGGCCGGCGAGGGAGCAGCAAACGGCCGGCGGCAGGCGCCGCGCGGGGGGCGGGCGGCGCGGAGGCGGCGGUGGCCAUGGCUGAGGCGUCGCCGCAGCCCGGACGGUACUUCUGCCACUGCUGUUCGGUGGAGAUCGUGCCGCGCCUGCCGGAUUACAUCUGCCCACGGUGCGAGUCUGGCUUCAUCGAGGAGCUUCCAGAAGAGACCAGGAACACAGAAAACGGCUCAGCCCCCUCCACAGCCCCUACCGACCAGAACCGGCAGCCAUUUGAGGUGCGUCAGGGUCCCUGGGCCCAGGCCCGCCCUCCUGUCCUGCAGAAUGUGGACCAGCACCUGUUCACGCUGCCACAGGGAUACAGCCAGUUUGCUUUUGGCAUCUUCGACGACAGCUUUGAGAUUCCCGCGUUCCCUCCUGGGGCCCAGGCCGAUGAUGGCAGGGACCCUGAGAGCCGACGGGAGAGAGAGCACCAGUCUCGGCAUCGGUAUGGGGCCCGGCAGCCCCGUGCCCGCCUCACUGCCCGGCGGGCCACUGGCCGGCAUGAAGGCGUCCCCACGCUGGAAGGGAUCAUCCAGCAGCUCGUGAAUGGCAUCAUCUCUCCAGCUGCCGUACCCAGCCUGGGCCUUGGUCCCUGGGGCGUCCUGCACUCGAACCCAAUGGACUACGCCUGGGGGGCCAACGGCCUGGACGCCAUCAUCACGCAGCUCCUCAAUCAGUUUGAGAACACUGGCCCCCCACCUGCAGACAAGGAGAAGAUUCAGGCUCUCCCCACGGUCCCCGUCACAGAGGAGCACGUGGGCUCAGGGCUGGAGUGCCCAGUGUGCAAAGAAGACUACGCGCUGGGUGAGAGCGUGCGGCAGUUACCCUGCAACCACCUGUUCCACGACAGCUGCAUCGUGCCCUGGCUGGAGCAGCAUGACAGCUGCCCAGUCUGCCGCAAGAGCCUCACUGGACAGAACACAGCCACCAAUCCUCCAGGCCUGACCGGUGUUGGCUUCUCCUCGUCCUCGUCCUCAUCCUCGUCCAGCUCACCCAGCAACGAGAACGCCACAAGCAACUCCUGAGUCCCACCUGGCCAUCCCCCCGGGGCUUGGUCAUCCCACCCACCCCAGGUGCCCCAGCACCGCCUGCCAUGGCCGUGGACUAGAGGUGCUGCCCAUGGCGGCCGGCAGCACCUGGCGGGCCCCAGGCUGCGGGCGGCUCGGACUUGGCCAUGGCCGCUCCUGUUUGGAGGUGUGCACGUGGGUCCCAUGUCCCCAGCAGGCAGGCGCCUUCAGUCCGUCUUUAACCUCACCCUCCAAAUGUUCAACGGCAGAAGGGUUUUUAUGAUUUUAAAUUAUUACUGCUUUGAAAUAAAUGGACGUUUGAGCCACGUGCGGCCAUGCAUGAUCUGUGGAGAGUCAGCAGAACUGUCGCCAGGCCCAGCCCGCCACAUGCCCUGGGAGGCCGGGCCAGCACCCAGUCAGCGCCGGCCUCGGGACCACGAGGGUGACCAGCAGACCCAGGAACAAACUGCUCCAGCAGACAUUUUUUUUUUUUUAAGGGAAAUGUGUGUUAUCUGGAAAGCUAUUUAAAAUACACCUACUCAAAAAGCAGAG